GUUGAAAAUUUGUCUCAAGAUACAAAUAUUGUAUUUAAUUUAAAAUUAAUUCAAAAUCAGAGAAUUGUGACUGUCGUAACGUACUGAAUUUCGAUAUUAGUUUUUAUUGAGUGGAAAUACAACCAUGUAUCGAAUGGAACAUUUUGGCAAUUGGAAAUGGGUUAAACUUCCUCUACUUGGAAACCACGAAUUUAGUGCAAAUGGGAAAAUAAAAAGUGCGUGGUGUUGAGUUUUGUGCGGGAACACGCCUUUAGUAUCGUUAAAUUUUUCAGCAUUAAUGAAGUAAUACAUUGAAUAUUCAGAAGUAAAACGUUGACAAAUGCGAAUCUGAAAUUUAGCAAACAUAUUUGAAAUCGGUAAUUAUAAUUUGAUGGAAAUGCGUAAGUGUGUGAUAUUGCUCUCUACAUAUGGACGCGUUUGUGGCUUUGGUUUAUGUAUAGAUGCAAUAAUCUAUAUUUAUAAUAUAUACAUAUAAUCCAUGUAUGCAUGACCAGAGUUAGUACAUAUGCGAAAGUCUUCGGUGGGGUGUAUAUUUCUUUUGUGUUUUCAUAUUCGUGAAUUGUGUUUUCUCAAAAUGCAAUCGUAUAUAUAUAUAUAUAAUCGGUUGAAUACAACUUAAAAGUAUAUUAUGUGCAUUUUUAGUAUAUAUACUUUUUGAAAACUUUUGUUAAAGAAAAUGAAUAUUUCCUAGUUUUCUAAAGGCUGGCCAAAAAUAAGAGCUCAGCUCCAUGAGAACGAAAAACCAUAUGGGACUGUUACCAAUAGUACAAAAAUAUUGCGAAGUAACGGAAUAUUCGACUUUUUCUUGGGGAAGGAUUAAGAAUGCUUUGCAAUAUUGUGGGAAAUAUAAGACCAUUAAAAAUAUUCCCCGCAAAAAACCGAGAAAUACAACAUUUAACGACGAUAGACAAAUAGUAGGGAUGAGCAUGGUGGAUCCUUUGACGUGAAAUGAAAUUAUCUCCUUAUGAACAAGGUGUAUGAUACAUGAGUCAGCAUAUAUAGUCUGCCCGUAGAUUGCAAAAAAACUCCCUAAAUGAGCGAAUUGUAUGACGCAAGCCGAGCGUAUCAAAGAAGGACAUCAAACGAAGACUAGCGAUUGCGAGAGAACACCAGUAAAGGACACAAAAUUAUAGGAUCUAUUGGUUUGGUGUGAUAAAUCCAAGCUUAAUGUAUUUAAGAAUGGUGACCCUCUGUCAGGCGACCACCACUACAAAAAUUAAACCCACGAUAUCGAAAAAAAAGUGUGAAACGUGGUGGAUCUUCAGUCAUGGUAUGGGGGUGCUCGAAAAUUCAUACCAAUGACGAAGAAAGUAGAUUUUUGCUUUUACAUUAAAAUUCAGCUUUAAAAAACUAUGAAUACAAUAAAUUUAAAGUCAAUUCUUUUAAUUUUGUGGGAUUUUUUUUCGAUUUAUCAAUGAAAGUUCAACUUUUAUGUAUUUUUACAAUUGUGUGAGCAGAAGUGUAACUCUAUUCCAAUUUUGACAAAAUUUUGCAAAAGUAUAAAAAUAAAGAAAAUACUUGAAAAAAGGUAUUUUGACUAUAGCUAUGCGUUACAUGAUCAAUAAAUAAUAAAAAAAAAUUCCAUGACAUAUAGAAGCAAACAAUUAAAUGAAAAUUACCACCUUUUUCGCAGAUUACACUAGCUGAAAGAAUGUAUAUUAAAGUCACCAAAAGUAAACCGAACAUUAUAACAUCAAACCUAUUGUUAUUCGGAUUUCAUUACCUGGCCGGCAACUCUACUCAGGAUUUAAGGCAAUUAGGAACACGAGCUAUAAUUCCAGCAAAAGUUGUUUGAUCAAGCGGUUACGUCACAUAAUAAACGCAUGAGUUAGCUUUAUAAAAAUAUUUACGUGGAUGUCACGUGACAAACAUUUUCAGAUACAUUAUCAUCAAAUAAGAAAUUAAUAUUAGUACUGAAAAUAUAUGCUGCUUACGUAGAGUAACUGCUAUGACGAAAGUAAUGAUAUUAUCUUCAACUGCGAAUGUGUUUAAGUCAACCUGCGAACAUACGACUAUGGAUCUUGGAUUAAAUGGGGAAAUAAGUUCAGUGUCUAAAGUAGAUAUUGUGAGCGCUACUGAACGUUGUAGUGGACGACGAGAGAUCGAAGGCAGCUAUGCUCGCUACAAUAAAAACGAAAGGGAAGUUUAUAAACAUUGCAAUUUGUGCUGUGAUAAAUCAAGGCUUCAGGUUGACUCUUCCUUGCUCAUAACUCGAUCAAAAUUUUCCAAGAGUCAUCUAGUUAAUGGGACAUUGCAGGAAUCAAUUAAACCACAAAUUGCUGCCAACAGCUCACAUGUAACACAAAAUCCACGUUGCAGUCUACAACGUACAGAAGCUGAUAUUUAUUCCGGUAUUGUUGAGCAGGGACAACAUGAUGACAGUUGCAUUAUCAAAUCGAGACUAUUUUUGGCAGAUUUUGAAAGAUUAAAAUUCUCGAAUAAAUGUACAUCAGUAUAUAAUGAAACAAUAAGCACAAAUUGUAGAUGUGAUUAUAAUUGCAGUAUCAAUAGCUUGCAUGCAUUUGACGAAAAUGUCAAUGCAAACAAACACAAUUGUGCCAAUGGCGUGUCUUCAGGUGGUUUUCAUCAAAUCUGUCGUGUUUCGUUAGUUUCUGGAAAAGCCAAAUGCUUCAGAGAUAAAAUAAGCGAAAUUAACAGUAAAAAUUCAAGAAAAAUACGAACUGGUGUAGCAGGUGCGAAUGGAAUACUUACCAGCCAAAUGAGUACCAAUACGAUUCAUUAUAUACUGUUGAUAUUAUUAUCAUUGUCACAAGUCCGUUGGACGCAUGCUCUAUUAUUAGUUGAAUCGAAAUAUUUGAACCCUACUGAUGACGAUUACGUAGCUGAUAGUACCAAUAAUAAUCCAUACAUGAACACUAGCAUUUCUAGCGAAAGCAGUAAUCGGAUUGUAGCAAAGCCUGGAUUAGCCGUUGGAGGAGUUAUUGGUGGUAGUUCGGCAUCGGGAUCCAGUGGUUACAUGGAUAAAAUGAAAAUGAAUAAUUUGGAAAGGAGUGUUGCUGCAGUGUUAAAAAAAGUUGCCUACGGUACGACGUCAACUACAAAGCGCAGCAUUCCAGACAAUAGUUACAUACCAAGUUUAACAACGAUUGCCACACCAUUGUUGACAACUUUACGGUAUGCCGAAAAGUCGUCGCAGCAACAGCAAAUUAAUCAUCAUCAUAGAAACUAUGAGUUGGAUUUGGAACGUGACCAUGCAUUGCCGACUUCGGCGCCUAAUGCAGACAUAUUAAAAAGUAACAGUAAUCCAACUUAUCCUAAUCCGAAUAGACAUCACAACCAUGAACGUGAGCGCCAUAGACAUAUGAUGAACUCUACUCCUUCGCCUUCAAUACCGAACAUCCCAAAGAAAAAUAAUGGUCAGUUACCCUCCAUACCAAUAUAUCCAGGCGAUAUGCCGUCAUAUUCUCCCCCAGCACGUUCAUUUUUUACUCCGCCAUUGCCACCAGAAUAUCAAAAUCCUUUUGCUGAUAAACCAACACUACGUGGUACUAAUAACGAAGGAAUUAUACCUAACACAGGGACGUAUAUAAAUAGGCGCCCUAUACCACCCCCAAGUUUAAUGCCUGGUCAUGAACGUAUACCAUUUCGUCCGCCUGAUUUAGCGGCAUCUACUGGAAACAAUUCCCCGGACAUAUCGGUGGCCCUUGUGCAAACAAGUAAUAGUAGUGGUACUAACAUACCUCUUGACACGAAAGCGGAUGUAGAUCGUAAGAAAGCACUGAAUACGCCAUCUCGUAGCAACGCUGUUUAUGGUAAUGCAAAUGUUGACAAUAUUAAUGUUGGCGGUGUUAUACAUUCAAUGACAAGUGAUACCAGCAAAAACUUUUAUGAUAGUUCUAAUUCACAUGAGUUGCCAGUGCAAAGUAAUAAUUCCGAGCGACAACACGGUAGCCGUCAAGAAGUUUUGCCAAGUAUACGACGAAUUUUAAGUGGUUCUAAUGGUAAAGGUGAUAUACCAGAAGUACUGUUAAAACAAGCUACAUCUCGCCCGGUUGUUAACUACAAUCAACCGCCAUCCUCACCGGUUGUACUUUUGGAUGGCAGUUAUGUAGCACAACAAAUUGAUAGUGUUGAAGAAAGUGGAAUAUCGAGUAGCUCAAACAUCAACAAAAGCAAGAACAGUUCAACAUUAAACAGCGGCACGGAGAUAUAUGAUGCGACAAGAGUGGAAUCUAGCGAGCAUAACUAUUUUUUCAAGACCAACACGUUCAAUGAGCAACUAUAUGGUAAUGGCAGUAGAAACAGUAGCACCUCCUCCCCGUCAACAGCUGCAGCAAUUGGUGGACAACUGGGUGUAAAUAUUGCAGCUGCAACUUCUACAACAUCGACGAUAAUUAGCGGGACGGUUGGAAAGAAUCUGACGUUGUCAGCAACAAUUGGGAGCAGUAAUAUUGCCAGUGAUCCGGGAUCAUCUGCAACGUCCACGUCGACAGCUGCUGCUGCCUCGUCACACUCCACGUGGGCGUUCGCAUGGAAUAUCCAUGUAUAUUUCUCCGUUGUACUAUUCACCAUUUUGGCAGUUUACUCCUUAUACAAAGUGCUUACUUACAAUAAGUUGACGCAUCUUUUUUCACAAUCGUAUUUUAUGUGCAUCAAUUUGGUUUUGAUUGUGAUUUGUUCUGCUCGUAUUUUCUAUCUGUGCUAUGAUGCUUAUAAUAUUCAUGCUACGUUCAACUUGUUUAUUUCUGAAUUGUUGCUAAAUUUGCCUGCCACGUUAUUGACUAUUUCAUUUUCAGUUCUGAUCUUGUAUCUCUUUUUGAAAGCUUUGAACCAUAAAAAUAAUCGUUAUUCUGCUCUCAUACGACCGCUAACGGUUGUGGUUGGUUGUGGAGUACAUGUGUUGCUCUGCAUUACACUACAUUAUGUAGAAUCAUACACUCUGCAGAACCAACAGCAACAACAUUUAUUAUAUCAACAACAGCAACAACAGCUACAUUAUCGUCGACAGCAACAACUUCUGCAUCAACACCAUCAUCAGCCUCAGCAGCAACAAUUUAUUUCGGCAGCUUCAACAAAUUUGUGGGUAUCCGAAGCUGGGUUUAAUACCCGUUCGGCUUUUUUUCUUCAAUCAGCCGCGGCAGCACCGCCUUCCAAUGUGAUAAGCAACACACCACCGCCAAGAGUUCUAUCACUUAUAUGUCAGAUCAUAUACAUAUUUGUUUGUCUAUUUCUUGGUCUAUUGUACCUAUAUUUGUAUCGUAUUUUGAAGCGAAUACUACGUAGUAAAUCUCAAAAUUAUAUACAUGGUUAUCAGAAUCUCUCUUAUGCUAUACAUAUCACCAUAGCGACAGCUUUGUUAUUUGUUUUGUUGGCUGCCUUACAAAUAUUUGGCGCCAUCAGUAUAUCUACAACUCGACCACUGAUACAACAGUUAACAGCUGAGAUCGAUUGGUUACAGUGGGGUUAUCAGUUCUCUUUGCGAUUAAUUGAAAUUGCUAUAAUAACUUUACUUUCUUGGGUCGCCGGUUUGAAAACUAGUGGCGGCAGCAGUGGGGUCGGUGUAGGCAUUAAUGCAGCAGCUAACGGGGAUGCUCGCUAUGGAGUGGCGGGAGAAAAUGGUGGUGGUAAUGUCGUUUUUGGAAGUGGAACAGCUAAUCAUAAUCGCGAAAAACAUGCUCACCAUCACUUUCAUCACAAUCAUUCAAAUGUGGCGGGUUUCUUUCUGCCAUGCACAUCCAGCUCGAGCCAGGAGCAGAUAGAUACCGACUACCCAGCAGUUUGUAACGCAAAUACAAAUCUUCAUACUUAUACAAUGCGUACAGGCAAACUUAUAUAUGACGAUAGCUUUGCUUUAAACUCUUUGUCUGGGAAUGGGCAAUCACAGUUAAACGGUGUUGGUAAUAGUGCAAUUCCAGCUGGGAAUCGAAAUACAAGUGAAUUUCAGUUACAGACGCAACCAACAUAUCAGAGACCAUAUGAUUCGGGGUCUAUUAACAGCGCAAUGGCGAACCAGAAUACAAGUGAAUAUGGAACGCAGAGUACAUUAGCAGGCGGAGGUGGUGGUAAAUGUGGGCGCUAUAGCCAUGAGGUGCCUCAGUAUACUGAUUAUUUGACAGAUGCCAUUACUGAUCAUUAUGAAAACCCAAACUUUGAUUUGCAUGGUUCUGUAAGCGGUUCAGGAUUUGGAGCAUCUGCAGCCAACCCUACUGGAGUACAAAAAUUUACGAAAACUUCAACCACUUCCACAACAGCUAGUAGUAGUGGAGGCUCAGGCUCGUCCGCAACCUCACAGCAGCAAAUGUUGCUUUUGCAGAGUGAUAGUUGCUAUUCAGAACCUUUACAGCCUACUCAUACAUCCAGUUACGAUUUCAAUAAUUUCGAAAGACCACAUUUGGGAACAUCCGGUGCUGAACCAUCUUCAGAUUGUUGGUCCGAUCCCCACAGAGGUCAACCAGUGUCACGUAUUGUCGAUAAUCAUAAAAGUAAACGUGAAAAGAAAAUGCAUACUACUUUAGAUCGUGAUGCUUAUGAAAAUCCUGAGCGGCGUAGUUCAAACUCCACCCAUUCUUGUGCCUCUAGCCGCUAUGGUGGUUACAACUCCUUUGAUCGUGGCUUAUACAACGGUGUUCGCAAAAGUGGUACGCUGAAUAACAUUGUUGGUACUGGGAAUGGGGGUGGUCAUAUGUCUGGGAUAGGUAUUAUGCAUGGACGAAAUUCAUCCUCUUCAUCAGCUGCGUCUUCGAAUAUAUCAGCUCAGCGUGCAUCUGGUACACAAACGAUAGCGCUGUCAUCUGAAAAACAUCUUCAACAGCGCAGUGGUCGGGGCAAUAUUGCAGGUAUGGCACGUGAUCGUAAUCAAGAUCGCGAACACGAAUACCUAUUUAGUCGCUCGUCUCUAGAUCGUAGCAGCACACACCCGCAACACCCACAUCAAAAUUCUGAUGAUGAUAUGAUGUUACCAGGUAGUAAUGUAGAGCGCACUAAUUUAAUCGAUAAUGAAGAUGGUUCUUGUAUUACAAAUAGUAACAGCACAACAUCCUUUUGCGGUGGCCAUAGCAAAAUGAACGAUACUUACGUUGGAAAUAGUAAAGCAAGUAACCUCUCGUUCGCCCAAAGUAAUUUAAAAAAUAACACACAUUCCAACUCAUUACUGUUGCAAGCAAGUUAUCACAACCAUCAGAAACAACUUCCUGCUCCAGUAAACACCACAAAGCAACAGAAAAGACAGGAAGCCUCACUAUCCACUGCAAAUUCUAAUUUGGGUUCAACUGAGUCUGGUGCACAUAACUCCGGCACUUCUAAUACAUCCAUCACAUCGUCGACUGCCUCAGAAAACUCCAGUAAUCGAAGUAAGGGCUCGGCAAUGCUUGUUGCUGAACACGGAUUUGUACGCUUUCGCGCUAUUGACGACAUGAACAAUGCACAGGGCGUAGGCAUACAUAAUGCAUCAGUACGAAAUUAAGACCGUCGCAUUCGCUAUUACCUGUUGCUGCAUACCUAACGAGGAACAUUAUGGUUAAAGCCCAAAAGGCAAUUUUUUUAAAUUAAUAUUUAAGCAAUAAUGAUUUGAUAGCUGUGAGUACUUUCUUUAUCCCAAUAUAUCUUUGAUACACAAUAGAGCCGGCUUUUAUUGAAAAAAGUUU